GAGUAGGGCCUGCGGUGGGAGGGGGAAGGAAGGCGGAGGGAACCAUGCGAGGUUCUGAGAUCCGCGGCGAGUGUCGCCUCGAGAGACCGUUUCUGAGGGGGUGUCGAGGAAAUCUGGAGUGCAGUGUGAGAGGUGGUCCGGGGUUGAGAAGAAUCAACUUGCCACCUAUGAGAAAUAGUGGGGAAAUGCAACCGAAAGACCGGAUGUCGACGUGAGGGGUGGAGCUGGGGGUGGGACUUCAGGUUUUCCGAGGGUUUGGGGCUCUCGUAGUAAAGGGACAGAAAAACACGGUACUAAUGGUUGCUGAAGACAGGCAGUGAGGACACUGUUGGGCAUGGCUGGGUGUUUUUGAAAACCAAGAAGACAAAAAUGUGUGAGAUGAAGGGAUGGGGCUCUGCUGGAGGGGCUCUUUCUGAGGCCCCGUCCCCUUCCAGCAGGAAUCACGAAAACCCCACCACUUCCUCCCUCCGGGGGAUUUGAUCCCCCAUGGCCACCGCUAACAGCAUCAUCGUGCUGGAUGAUGAUGACGAAGAUGAAGCAGCUGCUCAGCCAGGGCCCUCCCACCCACCCCCCAACCCAGCCUCACCCAGGGCAGCCCCCAUUCCAGCCUCACCCAGGGCAGAAGCCCCUGGCUCCUCCCAGCCCCAUGGGGCUGGAGGAGGCAGUAGUUCGGGCGGCAAGAAAUGCUACAAGUUGGAGAAUGAGAAGCUGUUUAAAGAGUUCCUUGAACUGUGUAGGAGGCAGACAGCAGACCACCCUGAGGUGGUCCCGUUCCUCUCUAGCCGGCAGCAGCGGGCCCACUCACUGUUUUUGGCCUCGGCGGAGUUCCACAACAUCCUCUCUCGGGUCCUUUCCCGGGCUCAGAGCCGGCCCGCCAAGCUCUAUGUCUACAUUAACGAGCUCUGCACUGUUCUCAAGGCCAACUCGGCCAAGAAGAAGAUGAACCUGGCCCCUGCUGCCACCACCUCUAGUGAGCCCUCCGGGAAUGACCCCCCCACAGGCCCCUCCUCGGACCCCAUAAAUGCUGAGACCACUGCCUCUGAGGCCCCAAGGACCCGUGGUUCCCGGCGGCAGAUCCAGCGCUUGGAGCAGCUUCUUGCGCUCUAUGUGGCAGAGAUCCGGCGGCUGCAGGAAAAGGAGCUGGAUCUCUCAGAACUGGACGACCCGGACUCCACUUACCUGCAGGAGGCCAGACUGAAGCGUAAGCUGAUCCGCCUCUUUGGGCGGCUGUGUGAGCUCAAAGAAUGCUCUUCUCUGACGGGCCGGGUCAUAGAGCAGCGCAUCCCCUACCGGGGCACCCGCUACCCGGAGGUGAACAGGCGCAUCGAGCGGCUCAUCAACAAGCCAGGGCCUGAUACCUUCCCUGACUAUGGAGACGUACUUCGGGCUGUCGAGAAGGCAGCUGCUCGGCACAGCCUUGGCCUCCCCCGACAGCAGCUCCAGCUCAUGGCUCAGGAUGCCUUCCGAGAUGUGGGCAUCAGGUUGCAGGAACGUCGCCACCUCGAUCUCAUCUACAACUUCGGCUGUCACCUCACAGACGACUACAGGCCAGGUGUCGAUCCUGCCCUGUCAGAUCCUGUCCUAGCCCGGCGCCUGCGGGAGAACCGGAGCUUGGCUAUGAGCCGACUGGAUGAGGUCAUCUCCAAAUAUGCAAUGAUGCAAGACAAGAGUGAGGAGGGCGAGAGACAGAAGAGAAGGGCUCGGCUCCCCCAGGCCACCUCUGCCCACUCUGCAGAACCCCCCAAAGCCUCCUUGGAUUCUGGCGAGGGCCCUAGUGGGAUGGCCUCCCAGGAGUGCUCGACCACUUCCAAGGCUGAGACAGAUGAUGAGGAAGAUGAGGAAAGUGAUGAGGAGGAGGAGGAGGACGAGGAAGAAGAGGAGGAGGAUGAGGAGGAAGACGAGGAGGCCACAGAUUCCGAAGAAGAGGAGGAGGAUCUGGAACAGAUGCAGGAAGGUCAGGGGGACGAUGAAGAGGAGGAGGAGGAGGAGGAGGAGGAAGCAGAUAAGGAUGGAGAUAAGAGCCCCAUGUCCCCACUACAGAUCUCCACUGAGAAGAACAUGGAGCCUGGCAAAGGGAUCAGCAGGUCUUCAGGGGAGCAGCGAAGCAAAGCACUUGGGGUGUCGCCAUCUUCACUGUCAGAAGAGCCCCCGGCCCCCUCCAGCAUUGAUGCUGAAAGCAGUGGCGAGCGUCUUGAGGAGUUGCCCCUGGAGGAGGAGAGCCCUGCGUCUCAGCUCUUUGAGCUAGAGAUUGAAGCCUUGCCCCUGGAUACUACCCCGUCCCCUGAGGAGAGGGAUGUGUCGUCUUCCAGGAAGCCAUCCGAGGAGCCCCUCACCACUGUCCUGGAGAACGGAGCAGCCAUGGUCACCUCCACUUCCUUCAAUGGCGGUGUCUCUCCACACACCUGGGGGGACUGCAUUCCCCCCUGCAAGAAAUCUCGGAGGGAGAAGCCAAGAGAAACAGGGCCAUUAGGAAACAGCUGCGUGGCAAGGCCAAGGGCAGUGCGAGAGAAGGAGGGGAAGAGGACGCGGGCCCUGCCCAGCCCCCCUUCCCCCUUGGCCUCCGUGGCUCCGGUUGCUGACUCCUCGACCAGGGUGGACUCUCCCAGCCACGGCCUGGUGACCAGCUCCCUCUCUAGCCCAUGUCCAGCCCGGUUGGCCCAGAACCCCCAGGCCCAGCCCUCCAGACCCAGUACCUGUAAGAUGAGUGUGGCCACGCAGUGCGACCCCGAGGAGAUCAUCGUGCUCUCGGACUCCGACUAGCUGCCCCCGCGCUCCCUGCUCCACUGCGCUCGGGACAGAGGAUGGAGGCAGGAGGCACUGAGCUGGUCCCCGUUUGGUGGUUUCUUUUAAAAACACAAAGCUUAAGUUUUACACAGAAACAUUAAUAAACAAUAAAGUUCUUUUCUUAUG